ACGACCUACCUGUACGACACUCGAGCUCGACCACCCCUACGGCCAAGUGUCAUCCAGUGAUAUUCGACCGACCACAACUCAAAAAGGCUUUCUACGGGCCUUUGGUGCGCAGUCCUACAAAUAAUUUCAUUAUGAUCAAAGGACUACACCCCGUGAUCUGUCUGCACGCCAGAGCCCUGGCGUGCGCGGAACCUAAUGUAAGCAGCAAGCAGCGCUACACAUUCGUCUGGUUCGCACGCGUGUCUGAGCUUGGCGAACAACACGCGUGCCAAACGCGCGUGGAGAGAAACUGUAGAAGACGACGCCACGCUAUGCUGUACUUCGACAUUUCCCUUCCGCUGUUCUCGUUGGUGUUUUGCGUUGGCGCCCACAGACCGCCUGCUCGUCCCUUUGAGAACGUCACUUUCUAUGGCCAUCUAAAGGUGCGGCACGGAAAUUCGUUUGUAGUUGUCUGCUUCACCGAUCUUGCAACGGAAAUCUUCUGGACGAAAGACGGCAGGCCUUUGAAGCUUGCCGUGCCACCCGGCUACUCGAUGUCGCAGUACUUGGAAGACAUGACUUGGAUGGUUUCCGCGCUUGAAGUGCGAAGCGCACAGGCGGUACACAGCGGGGCGUACAGCUGCACAAAUGCGUCAAUCGUGACGCAUCGUGUCACAGUAAUAGAGCAGUAUGACAGUGCACUGGGGACUGAGACGAUCGACUGUGUGCACGUGAUCCCUAACACUUCACUGGAACUUACCUGCGGUGUUCCACACAAGCAUGACCGUACAGAAGUGUCCUGGUUGAAAGACGGACAACUACUAACCUCCGGCGACCGAACCAUGGUUGUAAAUUCUAGUCUGGUAAUUCGACGAGCAACGGAAGCAGAUUCUGGAAGAUACUCAUGUUUAUGGAACACAUCAUCCGGUGUUGGAAACUCGCAUGGUGUCCGGCGUUACGUGCUUGUCACGCCAAUCCAGCUGUACCCUUUUGCACACUCUCACCAGGCUCACGUAGGAGAGAGAGUGAGCAUCCUGUGCAUGGCAAAAGCGUUCCCUAAACCCAGAGUUGCUUGGUAUUUUGGCGGGCAGCAAGCGGACGGCAAUAUUUCGUUGGACGCCGUUGAGCUGUCCGAGCCUCGUUACGAGGAAGGUCAGUCCCUUCUAACCCUGGCUAACAUACAGCCAUCGAACAUAGGCACGUACACUUGUGUCGCAUCUCAUAAGCACUGCGAUAAUGUCGCCGCAAUUAAGUCUUUACAUUUGUAUGCCUCUAAAGGCGAGAUGGUAACAAACGAGGAAUAUCCAGGCGUUGGCAUUACGCUUGAUCCGAAUGCGGGGUCACUGAGACUCUAUUGCCAUUAUCCAGCCGUUCCUCAAGCGAAGAUAAGGUGGUUGAAAGACGACAAGGACGUUGAGGAGUACGAAAACAAAGACAAGUACACUAAGGAUGCUGAAAAUCAGUCGCUCGUCAUAGAUCAUCCCACGGAGGGCGACGUCGGAAACUACACGUGCAUCGCUUCGGGGGUGAACAAAACGGCAGUAAUACUGGUGGGCCUCAAGGCGAAGGUUAUGAAAGAUGCCACGCCCGUCUCCGCACACAUGGAAGGAAAGAGAGUGUACAUGAGCUGCAAGGUGGCCGGGAUUCCAACUCCGUACGUACGUUGGUUCCGGAACAACAAAUUGAUCAAAGUUUCCAGGCUCGAAAGGUUGAGAUACAAAGAAGCUGCGGGUGUCUUCCCAGGCACUCUGGAAAUCCACGGACUGACGCGAGAAGACAGCGGUACGUACUCCUGCGUCGCUGAUAACGGUCACAGUCGGGAGCUGCAGCAAUUUCACGUGGAAGUCAAAACAAAGGCCGACGCCAUAUUGCCUGUCCUCGUCAUCUUGGUGGAGGUGGUUGCUCUCUGUGUUCUGGUGUUUAACUUGCACGCGCAGUAUCUGGAGAAAUUCAAACGACGGCCGGCGCAUGAUGUGACCUGGCAAGAUCUGGAGUCUGCACCCGAGAAGGAACAGGAACAGGGUAGCAAUGCAGACAAUGAGGUUAGCAAUGCAGAAGAUGUCACAAGUGCUGUAUUAACAGAAAUCGCGGAAAUAGAAGCAGCCCUACUGAGCAUGCCACCGGUGGAAGCAUGUACAGAUGCGGGUGUUGUAUGCGAUGGAGACCUUGCUGCGGAUCAGCCACAACUAAAAGAAGGGAGCAAAUCCGUGAUGGAUCAGAAAGAUGAGCCGGGAAUUGAGAGGGCUGGAUCCAUUGCAGCACUCGAUUCUGAAGCUCAAAAUGAAACUAUAACAAUCACUGAAACUGGUGUGAUGAUGAGUGUGUCUGAACUGGAUCAAGGUUUUGUUGAGGAGCUGACAGUAGAGUUCACUGUCGAAGAGAUGACAGUUGGCCUUGCUGAGGAUGAGCUGGCGUUUCCCACCGCGGAUAUGGCAGAAUAUGGUUCAAGCAUAGUAGGAAAAGUUGAGAGGGAAGUGUCAAACGAAAGAAUGAUAGAGGUCACAGAUGAUGAACUUCCAAGUGUGCCUCAACAUGUUGAACAUACAGCAGCAUCUGUGUUUACAAAAAUGCUAAAUAAACGUGGUUCAAAAGGGAUCGAUGUGACAUUACCAGAGACAGCACCUGCAGCUGUAAAAGUUGCAGAUGAUGAACUGCCAAGUGUGCCUCGACAUGUUGGACAUACAGCAGCAUCUGUGUUCACAAAAAUGCCAGAUAAACUGUGUUCAAAAGGGAUGGAUGUGACAUUACCAGAGACAGCACCUGCAGCUGUAAAAGUUGCAGAUGAUGAACUGCCAAGUGUGCCUCAACAUGUUGAACAUACAGCAGCAUCUGUGUUCACAAAAAUGCCAGAUAAACGUGGUUCAAAAGGGAUGGAUGUGACAUUACCAGAGACAGCACCUGCAGCUGUAAAAGUUGCAGGUAUAGGAAAACAAAAGUUGGCACUUGAAAAAGUUUCAAUGAAUGAUGGCAAGGAUGAAGAAUCCAAGCCAUCUUCCGCAGCCAUAUCAAAGACACAAGAAGUGGCUGUGGGAAAUACCAAAAAGAGUCAUUCAGUUCAUGCCCUUGGAAAGAUGGCCUCGAAAGCAACCGACAAACAACAGGAAAAUGUCCUGGUGCAUGAUGGUGAUAGACAGGAUUCAGCUGAUGCAGCAUCUACAGUGAAGAAGCAUGUCUUAGAAGAGCCCAAGCGGGCAUCCACAACAUGCACUUCAGCGGUUUGCAAGGUAGCCACGCCUGCAGCCGAUGUAUCAGGAACUAAAAGGGAACUUGAACACAAACAAACAUCGGAGGCUAAACAAACAACGGAAAAAUGCCUGCGGGCAGCCAGAGAAUCCGUAUUUGAAUUACCAGCGACGCUCAGGGUGAGGAGAAAGAGUGCACUGAGCACGAGCAAAGAGCAAGUUCCGGACAGCACCACCAUAGAUUUGUCUAGAAUAUCUUCACUCGAGGUUGUCAUGGAAGAAACGGCAGAGAAAGAAGAAUCAGAACUUAGAGUAAAGGGCAAGAAAAAGCGUGAAACAGCUGCAAUGAAAGAGAUUGUAGGUAAACGGGGAGAAAAAGAAACGGAAAGUGGAAAAGAAAAGUUUACAACUGCAGUGAAAGAAACUGUGGAUGAGACAGGAGGAAAAGAGAAAGAGAAAGAAAGCGGAGAAGCAAGACCUGACGUUGCUGCUGUGAAAAAGCAGAGACAUGUGACGAGUGAAGAGAGAAGCAAGGAGGUGGAGGAGAGUUCUUUGCAAAAGCUAGGAGAGUCAUCGGGCAAAAGUUCACCACCACUCGAACGCAAGAUCCCCCAAACUACAGCGCCAUGUGAAAGAGGCAGAAUGCCAGGUCUAGAUGAAAGCCCUUCUAAGAAGACCGACGUAACUACGAAACAUGUCGAAUGGGGUGUAAAACCGAAGAAAGAGAUGGGACUCUCCAUUGAACAGGUACCUGAAGAUAUUGAACAGGAAACAGCAAAGAGAAUGGCGAGGAAGACUGCAAUCGAGGGUCGAGGCAAAGACGCAUCGGGGACACCUGAGAUACGCUUGCUCGAGGACCUUCAAGAAGCCACACAAGAGACCUCAGUUCCCAAAGAAAAAGCGCCUAAAGCCACACAUCUGAAACGACCGUGCGGAGAAACAGGCCUCGGUGAUCGCCUACCUACUGCUGUGAGUGCAAAGCAUACAAAGGGAGGUGCAGAAGUGGAAGAAGAGAAGCUUCAAGAAGGCAAACAAGAGACUUCAGUUCCCAAAGAAAAAGCACCUAAAGGCACACAGCUGAAGCGACCUUACGGAAAAACAGGCCUCAGUGAUCGGCUAUCUACUGCUGUAAGUGCAAGGGAUACAAAAGGACAUGCAGAAGAGGAAGACGAGGAGAUCCAAAAACAUGAAGUGGAAGUAAAUAUGCUACGAACUCCAUUGAAGGACAGUGGUAGAGCUACCAAGACUGACAAGAUUAAGCACCUACACGAAACUUUCGAAGAGCUACAGAGAGUUGAGAAGGCCACGCAAGCAGACACGCUGCCAAGGCUGUCAACCAGACUCACGUCAGAGCAAGCUGCUCUGCCCAAACUUCAUGAAAAAGAUGCACAUCAGAAGGACACAAAAUCUGCUGGAAGAGUUCUAAAGAAAGGCAAAGAACGGGGCAAGUAUAGAGUCGAAGAGGAAUUGCACGAUGACGCGUUUGAGAAAAAGACAGCUGACGUGUCUACAGAGACUUUGAUAUCUCUGUUAAAUGUUUCUGAAGUUUCUGAAGGGACACAAUACGAACCGCAACGUGACUCAACACCCACAUUAACAGCUUUUGGUGGUGUGACACCCCGUUUGUUGUCGCUCGAACCCACGUUAGGAAGAGCAAAGGACAGCGUGCAAGGUAGCCAGAAGGAAACCAAGAAAGAAAAAGUAACUCACGAAAAACCAAAGGACAGAAAAGGUAAAGGGGGACUCGGUACCGCGCGAGGUAAACUCGUAUCGGAGGUCACAGACAGAUCUGAAAAACGGAAGGAAGAAGGACAUCAAGACAAACACAAGAGUGGAAGCCUAUCCGAAGCGCUGAAAAACGUUGGCGCACUGCUCCGAAAAAGUGCAAAACAGAAGCCCGAGGAAAAACAUGCGUCUGUGUCCAGCUCUGUUGAAGGCGGGAGCUCAGAGUCUGAAAGUCCCCCAGUCGAACCGCUUCCCAGUAAAACUAGCUUCGACACAGAGCACAGAGAAAGCAAGGCGAGUCCAUCGACAGAGUCAUUUGAUGCACAGACUGCACUGGUGGAAUGGAAGACGUCCAGCUCCGACGCUUCGAAGCGGCUGUCCGGGACCUUGACUGUGCAGUUUUUUGAGUCGGGAAUCGCCCACUCCACUAAAGUGGCCCCGAGCACCUCGUCAACAGGCGAAUCUUCCGUUAAGAAAGCGCGUUCACGAAAGCGAAGGAGGCGUCGCAGAUCGAAAAAGUCUCCAAAAAGUGGUACAACCACGCCCAAGGUGGCUUCCGGGAGACAUGAUUCUGACAAAUUGGAACCACAAGGCAAAACAAGGCCACGUGCCAAUUUUCCGAGGGCAAAAACACACGAAGGUACAUCCGCGCAGCCAGCAGAACCAUCAGCAGAGAUUUCAAGUUGCGCCAGUAUUGUUCCGCACGUCGAGCUACGUAAAGGGACAAAAACUUCGCCAACGGACACAAUGUCCAUGACGGCCGAGUAUUUGGAACACCCUGUGACAUCGUCCAGUGGCAGUGACCAGAAAGAUCACAACAAACACGUAUCUACGGAGAGUAAGAGAGUGAAAAAAGAGAGGCCAACCCCAGGUGGUGACACACCCCGAGGAAAAGACAUUCUGGUUGAGUAUGUUGAACAACUUGUAUCAUCGAGCUCUGAGGAGAGUGAAAUAGACGAAGCUCAUCACGAAUUGGCACCUUGUAAUGGUAAGAGCACCAAAACGGAGCAAAGUGGAACAGACAGCACAAGUAUGGCUACCCUCGUACGUUCUAUGGAGCUCAUUGUUACAUUGUCCCGUGAUGAGGGUGGCAAAGGUAAUGAAUCCAUUCCCAUAAAGAACAGAACUGCAAAGGAAGGUGCACAAAAGAAGGGCAGCUUGGUGGAGUACGUCGAACCACCCAUAUCGUCGAGCACUCAGCAGAGUGAAAUAGAUCACAAAGCUCAUCGUGAAUGGUUACCUGACAAAGGUAAAAGCACCAAAACUGAGCAAAGCGGAGCAGAUCUCGUGUCCAGCACAAGUAUGGCUACCCUCGUAGAUUCUAUGGAGCUCAUUGUAACUCUGUCCCAUGAUGAGGGUAGGAGAGAUCACGAAGGUAAUGAGUCCAUACCCAUAAAGGAAGGUGCGCAAAAGCGAGAGGACGUAACUCGAAAAAGUGACAGCUUGAUACAGUACGUUGAAAAACCUGCAUCAUUGAGCACUGAAGCUCAUCGUGAAUGGUUACCCGACGAGGGUAAAAGCACCAAAACUGAGCAAAGCGGAGCAGAUCUCGUGUCCAGCACAAGUAUGACUACCCUCGUAGAUUCCAUGGAGCUCAUUGUAACUCUGUCCCGUGAUGAGGGUAGGAGAGAUCACGAAGGUAAUGAAUCCAUUCCCGUAAAGAACGGAACUGCAAAGGAAGGUGCACAAAAGAAGGUUGAACCACCCGUAUCGUCGAGUACUGAGCGGAGUGAAAUAGAUCACAAACCUCAUCGUAAAUUGGCAACUGGUAAUGGUAAAAGCACCAAAACUGAGCAGAGCAGAGCAGAUCUCGUGUCCAGCACAAGUAUGGCUACCCUCGUAGAUUCUAUGGAGCUCAUUGUAACUCUGUCCCGUGAUGAGGGUAGGAGAGAUCACGAAGGUAAUGAAUCCAUUCCCGUAAAGAACGGAACUGCAAAGGAAGGUGCACAAAAGAAGGUUGAACCACCCGUAUCGUCGAGUACUGAGCGGAGUGAAAUAGAUCACAAACCUCAUCGUAAAUUGGCAACUGGUAAUGGUAAAAGCACCAAAACUGAACAGAGCAGAGCAGAUCUCGUGUCCAGCACAAGUAUGGCUACCCUCGUAGAUUCUAUGGAGCUCAUUGUAACUCUGUCCCGUGAUGAGGGUAGGAGAGAUCACGAAGGUAAUGAAUCCAUUCCCGUAAAGAACGGAACUGCAAAGGAAGGUGCACAAAAGAAGGUUGAACCACCCGUAUCGUCGAGUACUGAGCGGAGUGAAAUAGAUCACAAACCUCAUCGUAAAUUGGCAACUGGUAAUGGUAAAAGCACCAAAACUGAACAGAGCAGAGCAGAUCUCGUGUCCAGCACAAGUAUGGCUACCCUCGUAGAUUCUAUGGAGCUCAUUGUAACUCUGUCCCGUGAUGAGGGUAGGAGAGAUCACGAAAGUAAUGAGUCCAUACCCAUAAAGGAAGGUGCGCAAAAGCGAGAGGACGUAACUCAAAAAAGUGACCGCUUGGUAGAGUACGUUGAAAAACCUGCAUCAUCGAGCACUGAAGCUCAUCGUGAAUGGUUACCCGACGAGGGUAAAAGCACCAAAACUGAGCAGAGCAGUGUGGACCUCGUGUCCAGCACAAGUAUGGCGACGCUCGUAGAGUCCAUGGAGCUCAUUGUAUCGUUGUCCCGUGACGAGGGUGGAAAAGAUCACGAAGCCAAUGAACCCAUAAAGGAAGGUGCGCAAAAGAAAGACGACGCGACUCUCCGUAAAAAAAGUGACAGCUUGGUGGAAUGUGUUGAACAACCUGUGUCAUUAUCAAGCGACCCGAGCGCGAGUGAUCAUAAAGUUCAUGCACAUGAAUGAUAAACGCACAAAGGAUAUCGUUAAAAAUGAGGAGGGUGUUGUGCCCAAUGCUAGUAUGAAUAUUAUUGCUUGGUUCCCUGGAACACAUUGUGAGAUGAGAGCAGCAGUGACGCAACCUGAACAUGUUCGUGUUCGGCUACUCUCGCACAAUAAAUGAGAUCAAAUGCUCCCUUGUCAUGCAGCGUGUAAUGUAUUCUAUGCCUUUGGUAGUGCAUUUUGAGUGAGGGGAAAUCCUCCUCUCCCAUAUAAAAU